AUGCCCUCCUUCGCCGUCUCGCCCUACUUGGCGCCGUACGCCCCCUACCUCCGUCCACCAACCUACUACGCCCUCUGGACAUUCUACUACCUCUCCUUCCUCCUCUCCCCGAUACUCAUCACAAUCCUCCAGAUGCUCACGCUCCUCCUCCCACUCAUCGAACGCGCUGUCGAGGCGUAUCGAAGGAAAGUUGAGGUCAGCGAGUGGGGGAGAGAGGAGUGGGCUUUUCCCGAAGGUCGAGGAGGAGGGGAGGAAAGCGAGUGGGUAAAGAUGGUGAAGGGGUAUGUGGAUGUUAGGCCGGCGAUGGAGGAUGCGUGGGCAAAGGUGGUGGAGAAGUUGAGGGGGCUGAGUGCGUCUAUGGGAUGGGAUACGAAGGUUCAGGCGGGAGGAGCGGGAGAUGACGGCGCAGCUACGCAACCUGUCGCCUCCCUCUCGAUCGCUCAUCGCCCGCCGUCAAUUCGCUCCUGCAUCCAACCUCCUCCCGCCGCACCCGCAUCCGUCGCACCUUCCUCCCGCUCGACCGUCCGCUCAAACCCCUUUUCUCGUCCGCCUACCAUCGUCAACGCUGCUUCUGUCGCUCCAGCCGCCUUUGUUCAUUCCGGACGAGCACGUCUGACACGAGUAGCUUCGGUUGCUGGCAGUCAAGUUGGUUCGGCUCAUGGCGAGCGGAGCGUCCGGUCGCGCACCAAUCCCUUCUCCGCGCACGGCGGCUCGCAAGUCUCGUACCGCCCCUCGCAGCACGGCUCGCUCCACAGCUGGCACGGCUCGAUACACGGCGGCCCGGAGGAGUACGACGAGCAGUUCGAGGGCGAGAUGGACCGCGGGAGCGUGUGA